AUGUCCAGCACCGACCCUUACCUCAAAUACCGCCACUACGAUCAAUUCGAUACCGAGGGUAUCUGGAGACUAGUCUGGACUCUGUCCUGGUCCAAUUGUACCCAGGAGCCCUAUUGGACAGGGACAAAUCUAACUGGCUACAUGCAAAGCUCGGCAAUCACAUUUACCACCAAAAAGUCGGCGCAGGAUAUAGAUCUUGUAACUGCAACAAAAGACCAGAACUGCAGCAAGGAUCAGGGAAUUGCCCUCAAGAUCAUGGAUGCCGAGGAAGUUUCUGACAGUGGUGGACGCUGUGCAGCAGUGGCCAACUAUACUGUCACUCCCAAUCCUUGUUGGGUCAAGAUCGAUUCUGCCGCUGCUUCAAAUAUAUCAGCCUCUUUACCAGAACAACUGUGCUCUCGUCGUAACCCACCAGUCGAUUGCCCGUCCGACAAGAGUGCCGCUCAACAGCUGCUUGUUGGGGGUAUGGCAUGCUUGAUGGCUACGUUUGGAGCGUUGAGCUACUUUCUCAUGUAA